UCCUCCCUCCAUUGCUAAUAGAGACGAUUUCAGUCAUUUUCUGGCAUCAUUACGGCUAAGAAUGCCAGCUCCGAUCAGACUGCGGGAGCUGAUCCGGACUAUCCGGACAGCACGCACCCAGGCAGAGGAGCGUGAGAUGAUCCAGAAAGAGUGUGCUGCUAUCCGCUCGUCCUUUAGAGAGGAAGACAAUACGUACCGUUGCAGAAAUGUCGCAAAGUUGCUUUAUAUGCACAUGUUGGGCUACCCAGCGCACUUUGGACAGUUGGAGUGUCUGAAGCUGAUUGCAUCUCAGAAGUUCACUGACAAACGAAUAGGUUAUUUGGGAGCUAUGCUGCUUUUGGACGAGAGGCAGGAUGUCCAUCUCCUAAUGACAAAUUGCAUUAAGAAUGAUUUGAAUCACAGCACACAGUAUGUCCAGGGCCUGGCGUUGUGUACUUUAGGCUGCAUGGGUUCUUCAGAAAUGUGUCGUGACCUGGCAGGAGAGGUCGAGAAGCUGCUUAAAACGUCCAACUCCUACUUAAGGAAAAAGGCGGCAUUGUGCGCCGUACAUGUCAUCAGGAAGGUCCCAGAACUCAUGGAAAUGUUCCUUCCAGCAACAAAAAACCUGCUGAGCGAGAAGAACCACGGUGUUCUCCAUACAUCAGUUGUCCUCCUCACUGAGAUGUGUGAAAGAAGUCCUGACAUGCUGGCCCACUUCAGAAAGAAUGAGAAGCUUGUUCCACAGUUGGUGAGAAUCCUGAAGAACCUAAUAAUGUCUGGAUACUCUCCUGAGCAUGAUGUGUCAGGCAUAAGUGACCCUUUCCUGCAGGUGCGGAUAUUGAGACUACUGCGAAUUUUAGGCAAGGGUGAUGACGACUCCAGUGAAGCAAUGAAUGACAUUCUUGCGCAGGUUGCUACAAACACGGAGACGAGUAAAAAUGUAGGCAAUGCAAUCCUGUACGAGACUGUACUGACUAUAAUGGACAUCAAGUCUGAAAGUGGACUGAGGGUCUUGGCCAUUAACAUAUUAGGUCGCUUCCUUCUUAACAAUGACAAAAAUAUAAGGUAUGUGGCAUUGACAUCUCUACUAAAGACCGUACAAACGGACCACAAUGCAGUGCAGAGACAUCGGAGCACCAUUGUGGAUUGUUUAAAAGACCUGGACGUGUCCAUCAAGAGACGUGCAAUGGAACUGAGCUUUGCGCUUGUGAACGGCAACAACAUUAGAGGCAUGAUGAAAGAGCUGCUCUACUUCCUGGACUCCUGUGACCCUGAAUUCAAAGCAGACUGUGCAUCAGGAGUGUUUCUAGCUGCUGAGAAAUAUGCUCCUUCAAAAAGAUGGCACAUAGACACCAUUAUGAGAGUCCUGACAACCGCAGGGAGCUACGUGCGAGACGACUCCGUUCCUAACCUCAUCCAGCUCAUCACAAACAGCGUGGAGAUGCACGCCUACACAGUACAGAGACUUUACAAAGCUCUGCUGGAUGACAUCUCACAGCAACCUCUAGUGCAGGUAGCAUCCUGGUGCAUAGGAGAGUAUGGGGACCUGCUUGUGUCUGGGCAGUGUGAAGAGGAGGAGCCAAUCCAGGUGACUGAGGAUGAGGUUCUGGACGUGCUGGAAGGCCUCCUGGUGUCCAACCUGUCCACACCUGUGACCCGGGGUUACGCCCUUACAGCUAUCAUGAAGCUGUCUACUCGCUUCACUAGUGUAAAUCGAAUCAAGAAGGUGGUCUCGAUAUAUGGCAGUAGCAUCGAUGUGGAGCUUCAGCAGAGAGCUGUGGAGUACAAUGCGCUUUUCAAGAAAUACGACCAUAUGAGGCCAGCUCUCUUAGAGCGAAUGCCCAUUAUGGAGAAAACUGCUUCUAAUGGCCCCACAGAGAUUGUACAGACUAAUGGGGAGGCUGAGCCGUCUGUUGUGGAAGCAAAACAUCCACCACCCGUCACCCAGCCAACCAACCAGGCUAAUGAUUUAUUAGACUUGCUGGGUGGUAACGAUGUGGUGCCGGUAAUUCAGACCACGGUGCCCACUAAGCCAGCUUCAGCAGGAGGAGAGCUGCUUGAUCUACUGGGUGACCUCUCACUUAGUGGCGGUCCAGCCCCUGCUCCUGCAACCUCAGUGCCCUCUUCCCAACCCGCUUUCCUCUUGGAUGGCCUCACCUCACCGCCCCUUUUUAAUGACAUUGCAGCUGCAGGUAUCCCUCCUAUGACGGCGUACAACAAGAAUGGCCUGAAAAUAGACUUUACAUUUGAGAGAGCUAACCCCAACCCCAACAUCGCGGUUAUCACUAUCCACGCAUCCAACUCGACAGAAGCAGACAUGACCGAUUUUGUUUUUCAGGCUGCAGUACCAAAGACAUUCCAGCUGCAGCUCCUUUCCCCUAGCAGUAAUGUCGUCCCAACACUUAACCAGGGAACUGUCACACAGGUCAUCAGAGUACUCAACCCACAGAAGCAACAACUACGAAUGAGGAUCAAGCUGACGUACACCCACAAAGGCUCAGCUGUGCAAGACCUGGCUGAGGUUAAUAACUUCCCCCCUCAGUCCUGGCAGUGAUGAGCUGCUCCUGUUGCUCUCAAAAGCCCCAAGCAAGGGAACUAUGAAAACGAUUUUCCUUUCACCUCCCACCUUUCUUCCAACGGCCCCCCGUGACAUCAGUGCAGACAGCUGCCCUCAAGUUGCAUGGGGAGCAGCAAAGCAUUGAAUACAGGAGAAAAAUGCAGAUGUUACGAAGACCCUAUUGACUAUUGACAUCACACGAAUAAUUGGGUAAACAUAUCAAUCAAUGAACUUUUCUUAUUUGUUUUUCUUAAUUGGUUUCCUGAUCUCUUUGAUUAGUAUGUUUCUCUCACACACACCCUUUGCCCGGCACCGACAUCACCCACAAAAGCACACACGCACACCAUUCACUGUGGUACACUUUACUUCUCUAGUCACUGUAGAAGAAAAGUGUUGCCCACUAAUAAGCACUGCAGUAACCAUAGUUUUAUUUGGACUUGCAGGUGGAAACCCUGCUCCCUUGACACUUAUGAUUGGCUUUGCAUUUGGGUGUUUUACCUAUGAACCUUCAAUCCUACAAAGGCAGCAGGAAAAAAAAAAGCUUUGAGAAAGGUCUAUUCAGUGCAGUCACACACUUGUUGGGUAACCUCGUUUUUGAUCCGCCACAUCAUGAGUGAUAUAACUUGUCAGAGUUGUAUUCAUUUUGAAUUACAUUAAUUUGCUUAAAGCAUGUUUGAGCAUCGUUAGGAUCACAAUCACACCUGGACUUCGUCUUUUCCGACUCUGACUGUAGGCCUCUUUAUCCUAUGUUUCUAUAGGGAAUCGUCUGCGUUAGUUUGUCACAUUAAGAACAAACAGAUCCAAGAUGCUCACUUUGAUCACCUGUGGCUAAUUUCAUAGAACCUGCUCAGCUCUUAUCUCAUCUGUAGUAAAGCAGCAGCUUUUAGAUCAACGUAAAACAUUCAACUGUUCAUUGCUUUGCUUCGUCUGAGGGUGUUCAUUCGUUAGAGUGGAUAUAAUCCAGGCCUAAAAAUUGAUCUGAUAAUAAGUUUGUGUUUUUAAACUCUUCCUGCAUCUGUGUCCCGAGUCUAGAUGAGUUACAUUUCAGAUUUAUUUACCCUGGUUGAACGUGGUCACCAUGCACAUACAUGUAAAUUAAGCUUGUUAUGAAUGUAGUUACAUGCACUGAAUGCUUUUAUUCCCCCUUAAUUCUUUUUUUUCAUGUCUUCUUUGAUGGGGAUGCUCAUCUUACUGGCACUAUUUGUGUGAAAGUCUGUUUAUCUCUGCAGUAAUUUGACUUAAUUUAUGCCUGAUAUCAAAGUGAUGUGCCUUUCUGACUUAGCUAGAUAAAAGCCCCUGAAUUUAUUGAGUUCUGUAUGAGCUUUGUUUGUAAGUCUGCUUGUGUGAUGGUCCUGUUUUCAAUCUGAGGGGGUAAAUGAUCCCGGUGGAUUAGAAUGGGUAUGUCACUUGAUUUGAUUUAGCCUUUUCACUGCUUAGUCUAAUGACGAGUUAAAAAUCAGUCACCCCCAAAUCAGUCUCACGAGCUCACGAGGAUGUCAGCAGUAAUGUUUUUCUAGUUUUGACACAUACGUAUUUUAAUCUUCUUGGUUGUUUCUUUACAGUGUGGCAGAUUUUUUUCCCCCCCCCAUUAAAAUACCUGAUGGAUGAUGAUGACUAAACAAACAAAAACAAAGAUAAUGGCAGCUAAUAGAUGUAAACUUUUCUUAAGCUGGCAUCGAGGUUUCAGGUGUUUUUUGCAAACUAUCAAUGUACAAAUAUCACUACAACGCCCCCUUUUAAGUCAACAAAACUUAAAAUGUGACUUUGAAUCACAUACUGGGACAGGUUCUUCUUUGGUGACUGUUUGUUUGAUGAUUGGAGUAUGAUUUCUUUGCUCUCGUCCUCUCCAAAUCAGAAUUCUGACCAUGCUGUUGGGGACGGUAACCUUAAUACCUCACAAUGCUCUUUCUUUCUGUUAACCUUCAGUGGCAGUAGAUUGACAUCUUGCUUAGUCACAAGUUAGAAUCCAGGGGGAGCAUCUGCAUGAGAGAAACUAACAGUAGUUUGUGCAUCUCAUUACUUAACCUUAGCAGCCCUGUGACGAUGCUGUGCUGAUAUCUUCAUCAGGCUGUGUAAUUAUUUUCACUAUGCUUCACUGUCUUCUAACUUCUGUGACCAAAUCAGAGAGACUAUUAGCUUUGGAAAUAUUUUUGAGCUAUGAUAUGUGUAUAUGGAGAAAAUAAUUUCAGUUUAACUUUUUUUCUUCUUUUCUGUUGUUGACAAAUGCUAUAUUGGCUUUUUUUCUGUACAUAUUGAGGGCUUUUACAAUUUUUGUCUCUUGUACUAUCUUUCAUCCUUUUUUUUUUAGAUGCCAUUUUCUAAAAGAAAAUUCCAAUUAUUCACAAUGUAUAUUGUCUAAAUAGAUCUAGUCAACGUUAGUCUAUUAAGACUUCCCUGUAUCAUCACUCAUUCAUUGUAAAAGGUAUUUGAUCUGCUGCCUGUACAUUGUAUAUAGUUGUAAAACGAACGCUGAUCAGAUUAAAUAAAACCCACAUGAAGACUUAAAAAGA